GAAAAGAAGAAAACUUCUUUCUCUCUCAAAUGACAAAUUUAAAAAUUUCCACCUUUUCAACCUUAUCUUGCCUAUUUUUAUUAAUUAGUUAUUCAACAAAUGAAGGACGUAUUUAUAAAGUUAAAUCAUCAAAUAAUUUAAGGUUAAAACAAAAAACUUGUAAAGCUUAUUCAAAUCCAAAAUUACAUGUUUUAAUGGACAGAAUUUGUCAAUUAUGUCACGAAAUGUUUUCUCAUUCAAUGCCUAAUUUUAGAGCAGAAUGUACCGAAAAUUGUUAUAAAAAUACAAAAUUUAGAAAUUGUUUAAAUAUGUUUUCUGUUUUACCCUCAAAAACUUCUAAAGGAAAUAAUUUGUCAAAAUAUUUAAUUGAAGAGGAGGAAGAAGAGAAUGAUGUUGUUGAUGAUAUUGAUGAAAAUGAAGAAUUAAAUGAUACACAACAAAGAGAGCGGUAA